AUGGAGGAGAAGAAGGUGAUUAACAGUAUUACCAUUUCAUCUUCGGACGCCAGCAAUGAAGAGUUUCUAGAUUAUAAAAACCCUCAUGAAUCCAAUUCGGUAGGAGGACAUAACGAGAGUGGUAACAAUGUAAGAAAUACUAAUAAUACUGUGGGAGCACCAUCACACAUUGGUGGUGGCUCAUCAACAAUAUCAUCGGGUCAACAAUCAUCAGCUCUCACUGGUAAUAACAAAUUUAUAACUCUGAGAGAAACCCUAUUUCAAUUCCUAAUAUCACUUAAUGUUAAAACGCCUAAGGUUAAUUCCAAAAGAGGUGCCUUUAUUAAUUUUCUCUUAUACUCAUACCUAUUGUAUAUAACUGUGAUUAUUUCUUCGAGCCCUAGCUUGAUAUCACAAGAUCCAACAACCUCUACAUCAUCAUCAUUGAAUAGUUCUAAUAGUAUGUUAUGGGGAGGUAUUCCUGGAUGGAUUUGGAGAGUACUCUUCUAUCCAAUCAAUCUAGGGGCUGAACAUUAUCCGUAUGAGGCAAUUGUUUCACUCUUGGCUAUAUUUGUGGCCAUUGAGGGAAUGGCCUUAUUUUUCUUCUACUUGUUCAAAGUUUUUGUAGAUAGGGGAAGUAAGGUCGUGCCUAGAAUGAGGAUAGCGCUUAGGAUAUUCUCUAUGGUCGUAUUAUUCCUUUCUCCCUUCAUUGUUUGGAUACACUCCAUUCCUAUGGCUAUCUAUUCUUCAAAUGGGUCAUUGACUCACUUUCCAACCAUUCAGUACAAUUCUCCAAUGAACAUUGCAGCUAUAGUCAUUGGAUGUGUUGGCAUAGUACUAACAAUUAUUAUAACACUGAUAGGAUCCUAUAUUGUUGUGGAAACAAUACCUCCUUCGUUGAGAUAUAUCUUUUUUGCUGCUGAAAGAGUUUACCCUCUCACUGCCUUAUUCAUUUUCAACCAAUUAUCAGUUUUACUCACUGUAAUAUGUGAUGUGAAUUAUGUAAUUGUUGGCUCCUCUUUAAAAAUAGUUCUUUCACUGCUAUUGAUUGGAAUUUUUGCUAAUCGAUUGCCAUUCUUUAAGAGAUUUGAAAAUUCAAUAUUGAUUGGAAUUUUAUGUGCCCGAGUUGUUGGAUCGAUUGGUCCAAUAGUUAGUCAUUCAAUAUUAGUGAAUAGUAGUGGUCUUUCUUCUCAAUUGGUGGAGACAAUUGGCGGAUCUGUUACUGGAGGAACAUUGGUGUUAAUGAUUGGAUUUUUCAUUCUCUCAACAACAAUAUUUCAAAUUUACCUUAUUUUGAUGACAAGAGGUGUUAAAAAAUCCCUCAGAGAAUUAUUCAACAACAGAAAAACCUCCAAAACAGAGAGUAUCAAAUAUUACAUGAACUGUGAGGAAACACAUACUUUGAAAAAGUUGCUCACCUUUAUGAAAUUUUCCUUAAAUAGUUUUGAAGAGAAGGAAGAUUCAGAUUUUGAGAUUUGUAACAAUUUAGUUCAGAGCUGUAUGAAUACCAAAGUUGCAAUUGAUGUUGAAUAUUUAAUCUUAUCAGGAAUGUACUUUGGUUUCUUUGGCGAUGCUGAUGCUAAUUUGACGAAUUCUGUGAUUUCGAUUGGAAUAAUGACGAGAGGAUUGAAGCACCAACCUAACAUUAUUCAAAAAUUCCACAUUAUUCUAAGAACGAGGGAGAUUGAAUCCAUAGCCUCUCAAUCCAAUGCUUUCAACCUUGAACUCAAGCAACAAAUGAGCUCUCUGGAUAAGAAACAAGUUCUCAUCAUGUAUUUUCACAGAGAAUUCUUCAAAGAACUCUUGAGUGAUAAGCCACACAUUGUCAAAUUGGAAAAUAUUAACAGAACUGUCACUAAAAUGGUGAAUGACUGUGAUAAUAGAUAUAGAAAUUUGGCAGCCAUGCACCGAAACAACAAGACUCUGUUAAGAUCAUAUGCUGUAUAUUUGGAAACCUUGCGUUUUGAAAAGGAGGCAGCUCAAGAAUUAUAUGAAGAAGCCAAUACUCUCGAGGAGGAAGAAGUCAAGAGAGGAAGAAGACCCACUCACAAAACAAGUCGUUUCUUUGUCCCUCAAAAAGGUGGUUCUAGAAAUAGAGUCUUUCCAGUAACAACCACUUCAGAAAUGAGAAGGGAUUUCACACCCGCUAAUGAUGACGUUCAAGAGAUGGUUAUUGUCGAUGAAGAGAAUUGGGAUUCUGUCAGUGCCAUGCAAGAUGAAGGAACCAAGAAGGAGAUUGUCUAUCGAAUGGCUCUCAAUUCACCAGAUGACAAUAAGAAUUACACAAUUUGGUUUGCUCUAUUUUGCUUUUUCACAGUCAUUGUAUUCGUUACUUGUUUGGCAACUUCAUUAUCAAUCAAUGACGAAACUUCGAAGAGAGUUUCACUUCAGGAGACAGUUUGCAGUUUGAGUUCAAUACCUUCAUUGAUGGCUCAACAAAUGAGAGCCAUUCUAGCCAAGUUCAAUCACGCCUCACAUCCAGAGGAUUUGGUUGAAUUGGAAAUUAUCAAGUCAGUUUCUAGAAAACAAAUAGAAUAUCUAAUAUCCAAGGUACAGCUUGUGCAAUAUGCUUCUACAUCUGGGGCUUUUAUUGAACAAGUUGUCAAGACCUAUACGGAUCAGAGUUGGGACUAUUACAUUCCCACAAAACAAUUUGAUGAAUUGGCAGAUCCAUUGUAUGAUAUUGGUAACUCAUCGGUUGGUCAAUUUGUAGAUAUGAUUAUUGAUUCAGGAAGUGAUAUUAUUGAUGGAAUGGAGGAUUUAACCACUUUCAAUAAGACUCUAUCCAAUUAUCCGUUUCUUCUCAUCUUCCUUAAUAGAAAGCACUUGACAGAGGCAUUUGAUUCAUUUUGUGUAACUUUUAUUGAAGGAUCAAAAUAUAGCUCCCAACAAGGAAGUAUAAUUUUUCACAGCGUUUGUUGUGGAGUUUUGGGACUUUACCUUGUAUUCACCUCUAUUUAUCUUUUCGUGCUGAGAACAGAACUAUUACAAUUACACAGAAUAUUCAAUAAGGUUUUCACAAAGGUUCCCAAAGAUGAGACUGGUAAAAUUUUCCAUUCAUUUGAUAAGAAGGUCGAAGAUGAAAUUAGAAAAGAGAAUAGAACUAUUUUCACACCGCAGGCAAUGUUCUUGUCUUUCACAAUUGCCACUAUUGUGGUAGUGGUUAUUGUAACCAUUUUGGUAAUUGUAGAAUUCAAUAUCAAUGCUAGAUCUGCAGAGUCGACCAUGUUAGCAACCAAUUCUAUGAAUACCGUAGUAUUAAGCUCCAUGGUUGUUAAUUUUAACUUGUUAGAAAUGAUAUUAGAAAGUCAUUUGUAUCCAAUACCACAAGAAACCAUCAAGAAGAUUAAUAUUGAACAGCUGGCUAUAGCGAACUUUGCUUGGAGAGCUAUUUCUGUAGGAAGUGAAUCGAAUAAUUACAAGAGUUCCAUCUAUGGAGUUUAUGAAGAAAUUGAUCAGUUAUUGAAAGGCAGUUGUGUGAAUGCUACAGGCUCACCUGAAAGGCUGACAAACACUACUGAAAUGAUGGCAGUUCUAGAUUGUAUGGGAAUGGAAGAUUUAGUAGAUAUGUUUGUUUCUCAUGCUACUGAAUUCAAUCAAGAUUUUGCUGUCUCACUUAACGAACCUGAAACUGAAGUGGAAAAUUACUUUUCACAUAUUUAUUAUGUUUCGAUUUAUCUUUCACAAAAAUUAUUUGAAUUUAUCAAGACAUUUGUUUCACAUUCAAAGAAUGCAUCAAUUGUCAUUACAUAUGCAUCUUGCUUUGGUGGAUUGGGUAUUGUUUUGGUUCUAUUCUACUUUUCCUAUACAUUCCUUCAAAACUUUUGGGAUGAAAAGCAUCAUGCUAGAACAAUGCUCAACUAUGUUAAGUGGAAUAUUUUGGAACAGAAUAGAGAGCUUAAUCAAUUUGUUAUUUCACACGAAAUUGGUGGAUUUACCUAUUCCACUGUUGAAAAGAUUGCAAAUAAGGUAAAGAAAGGGAUGAGUAGUGAAGAGGAGGAGGCAGAAGAUCCAAUGUCAAUGACCAUCUCAAUUCUAAAUGCAACCACAGAUGGUAGUGUUAUUUGUAAUCAUGAAGGUGCUAUUCAAGUGUUCAACAAUGCAGCUGAAGAUAUGUUUGGAUGUAGAAAGAGUCAAGUUGUUGGUCUCGAUAUUUCAAAUCUGUUCUCUAUGGAGGAUCAACCAAGAGUUUUGAAAUUUAUUACCUUAAUGAAUUCAUCCAGCAAUGUAGGAGGAGAGGUAUUGGAAAUAGAUUGUCAGAGAAGAAACCAGACUAUUUUCCCUGCCAAAGUCACUCUAUGUGUCAGCUACUAUAAUAAGAAACCAAUUUUUUCAUGUUUCAUUAGAGAUGUUACAAUGGAAAAGAAGCAAAAUGCACUGAUUCAAGAAGAAAAGAAGAAGAGUGAAGAACUCUUGUUGAAUAUUCUUCCAAAACCAGUUGCUCAUAGAUUGAUGGAAGGUGAAAGAAAUAUUUCAGAAAAGUUUGGAGAUGUUUCUGUUUUCUUUUCAGAUAUGGUUGGAUUUACCAAAUUUUCAUCCCAGAUGGAAGCUUCUGAUUUGGUCACCAUGUUAAAUCAAAUUGUGGAGGGAUUUGAUUCUCUCACUGAUAGGCAUGGAUUGGAUAAGAUUAAAACCAUUGGUGAUGCCUUCUUUGCUGUAGGAGGUUUAUAUGCUUCAAAAUCGAGCGACCAUCCUGAGAGAGCUUUGAAAUUCUCAAUUGAUGUUUUUGGAUUUUUGAAUCAAUUUAAUAAGAAUGAAAAGAGGAAUAUUAAUAUUCGUAUUGGACUUCAUACCGGACCGUGUGGUAAGUAG